UUUUGGCUCGAGUCCAAAGACUGUUGGCUGGGCAAGCUGCCAGCCAUUGACCAGUGAUCUGAUGUCAGCAGCAGGCUGUUGCGGUGCAACUGAAACGGAGCCGCUCAUGGCCUCGAAUGGGCUCAUGCCACCGACAAGUACGGAGAUGCCCAGCGCGAUUUGUUCAGUCCAUGGGGUCUUUUGGCUCACGGUGUUGGCUGGCAUUGCAAUGGCCAUCGUGGAUGGCACAGUGCUGCAAACUUGGUGGAUUAUUCCCGUGGCACUUCUAGCGCCGUUGCUGUUUGUGUUCAGCUUUACCCUGGUGAUUUGUGUUGCGCCUAUGUGCGGUUGUUUUGCGAUGUCUUCACGCUUGCAGACCAGCUUGGUUCAGCACCCAAAGCACCUCUUGAGCCGCCUGACCUUGCCAUGGAUCACCGUCAUUCAAGGUUUGCAUAUGUGCGACAACGCGUACUGCCAACGCAUUAGGGCCUCCAUGGGCAAGAACUACGUCUUGGCCGGCAUGGUGGGCGUUAGUGAUUACGAGACCGUGGCCUUUACGUUGAAGAGCGCUCAGCAUCGGACCGACUACUUGGGAGCCCAGCCCUUGACAAAUCUGCCCAAAGUGGAUCGUGAAAUUUUCCUGUUGUCAAUGGCCAACACUGCGAAGGAAUUGAAUCAUGACAAGUUUGUCGCUUGCUUCUACCAUUACAUGUUCAGGGAAGGCUUCGAGGAACGUCUGAAGUCGGAGAAGGCCAAGAAGUGUUGGGCCCAGCUUGCCGAGGACUACAAAACAAUGCCACAUGGGGAAGGCGAGCAGUUCUACACCGAAGAUGCCACAGGUCUUCGAGGCUUCUUCAUUCGGUAUUUCUUCUAUGUCAUGCUGGGGACGGACACAGAAGAUCCAGAGAUCAUGAAAGACUUGGUGGCCAUGAUGCGGGGCGAUACUCCGAUUGCCAUGUGCUACCUGUGGCCUUUCGCAGUGCCCAACCUCAUGGGCAGCACCAUCAAGAAGGUGGACGACAGGAUCUUCAACAGUUCGUCCUUGGCAAAGUUUGUGGAAGGUGAAGAGAAGUUCGCAAACAUGACGAAACUGGAGCUCACCAGGCUCACCACUUGCAUCAUGAGACUGGCGGCGAUCACGGGUACUUUGCAACUCGCCAAGAGUGUGACCGGAGGGCUGACCAUGCCACCCUUCGAGGAUAUGGAUAAGACCAACGUGGCAGCCGAAUGGGAUAAGCUGGACCUUGCCGAUGAGCAGGCCUUGCAAAACUUCUGCUUGGAGGUGGCCCGUCUCCAUCCUCCCGUGAGCUCGGUACAUCACAUCGCCACCGAGGCCUUUUCUGCCACGAUUCAAGGCAGAGUUGUGGACUUCCCGGCUGGAACAAAGAUUCUGGUACCCACGAACCUCGCCAUGACCGACGUGGAUACCUGGGGCGUCGAUGCCUUCAAGUUCAACCCCUCGCGGCCCGCCCUGCAGGAGAAGAACAUGGUCUUCGCCAACGUGGGGAAGCAAGGCACUCGAGUUUGUCCAGGGCAGUACUUGGCCAUGGACACUUGUGUAGAGAUCCUCCGUGUUUUGGGCAAGGUCCGACGUGAAGGCAAGUAGAAGGCCGCGUCGCAGGCUGGGGCGUUGUCAUGGUUGUGUGAACCUUUCAGCUCGCGCGCAGCUCGACACCAGCGACACUGAGCUCCAGCGGGGCUAGGUCGAAAGGGCGAAAGGGCCCGAGCAACACCGAGCUCCUGUGAAAGAA